AUGGAAGACUCAUCUUUAGUAGCUGCUUCUCCAGCAGCAGCAGCAGUAGCUGCUGCUACUGCAGCAGCAGCAGAUAUAUCCGUCCUUUCUCCCCGAGCAGCAGCAGCAGCAGCAGCAGCAGCAACAGCAGAAGAGGAGUUUGUCUUGUCGGAUGACAGCCUCCUCUCAGGAGACGAGAAAAAUACGAAGGGAAUUAAAAGCCGUUCUUUAAAGAAGCUGUCUUCUGCUUCUGUACCUGGUGCUGCUGCUGCUGCUGCCCGCAGCAAGACUCCUAAGGCGUACAAAGCAGCAGCAGCAUACGACUCGGGGGCUCCACCGAACCGCAGCAGCAGCUGCUGCAGCAACAGCUGCUGCAGCAGAAGCAGCUGCAGCAGCAGCCGCAGGAGUCUCUCUUUUGGGGUCCCUGUAGAGCGCCGCCUUGACAGCCGCAGCAGCUUAACUACUGCAGCAGACAGCCGCAUGCACAGCAACAGCAGCACGCGCGACUUCCCUCUAAAGAAGAAGACGAAUAAACCCCCUAGUCUCUUUCAAAAGAGCUGCAGCACUACCAACCGCAGCAGCAGCAGCAGCAACAGCAGCAGCAACAGCAGCAGCAACUUGUGGGGUGAGAUUCCUUCUCCUGCUCGCCAUGCUAUCGUGAAGAAGCUGCAGCACAACCCGCUGCUGCAGCAGCAAACAAAACAAGCAGCAAACAGCAUUCAGCAGCAGCAGCAACAGCAGCAGCAGAGGAGGGGUAGAUUGGGUGCUGCUGAACCCAGCCGCAGCAGCAUGUGCUCCCGCGCUAGCCGCAAGGACUGCAACAGCAGCAGCAGCAGCAGCAGCAGCAGCAACAACAACCGUCUGGGUGCUGCUUCUCGCUCUGUCUCUCUUUCUUGCAAGAAAGAUGAAAAGGAGACAGCAGCAGACAGCAGAAGACGAGGCCUCUGCCCGCAUGGUCUCCGCUACCGCAGCUUGUGCUGCUUCUGCUGCAGCAACGAUCCCAAGAGUGCAGCAGCAGCAGCAGCAGCAGCAGCAGCAGCAAGCGGGGGAGCAAGGCUGCUGCAGCCUACUGUAGCUUCUCUUAUGCAUGCAGCAAGCAGACUUCUUACAAGACAAACGAUUGCGCAGCAGAGAGCUGCUUCAGCCCCAGCAACAGGUGUUAGACCCCCCCGUGUUCAGCCAAGAGCCUCUGCUGCAGCAGCCAAGGGAGUAGCAGCAAGCCGCAGCAAAAGCGCUCAGGUAUUUGAACGACUCUGGGGUGAUGCUUUAGAGAAGCAGCGGAAGCAGCAGCAAAGCAGCAGCAGCGCAGCACCAGCAGCAAAGAGUGUGGGGCCCUGGGGUGCCCGGCUUGCUGACCCUGGCGAAGCAUUGUGGGUUUCAGCUCUCAGACAGCCGCAGCAGCAUCAGCAGCAGCACAUGCUGCAGCAGCAGCACAACACCCGCAGGCGCAACGACGCGUGGCAGCAGCAGCACCAGCAGCAGCAAGAGUGGGUUCAGUCUCUCAACAGCAGCAGCCGUCUGCUGCUGCAGCCAGCCGAAGCAGAAGAGAGUGAAGCUAAUUUGAUGAAGAUAACAAGCAAGAAACAGCAGGGUUUUCUCUGGUCUGCUGAACCUGAUAGAAGCACCUGCUCGUCUUCUUCGGGCAGAGCCCGCAGAGGAUCGCCGCUGCAAACCGACUCCAAUGGCCAGGUCAUCCUCCGCAGCACAAACAAGCAGCAGCAGCAGCAGCAGCAGCAGCAGCAGCAACUGCAGCAGCAGCAUAUGCAGCAGCAGCGACAAUUGCGGGGCUUUAAUGCGCAAUCCGGAAAUGAGGGUAAGGGGGCCCAGCUGCUUCAUACAACCACUGUAGCAGCAGCAGCACCGACAGCAGCAGCAGCAGCAGCAGCACAUUCUCCUGCACAGUCUGUGAACGGCCUGCCGCUUCUUCAUUCGUGGGUGCCGGUUGUACAUCAACCCAGGGUCUUCACUCCGCGCUCUGCUGCAGCAAGACAACUCAAACUGCAGCAGCAGCAGCAGCAACAAAUGCAGCAGCAGCAAAUGCAGCAGCAACAACAAAUGCAGCAGCAACAACAAAUGCAGCAGCAGCAACAAAUGCAGCAGCAACAGCAAAUGCAGCAGCAACAGCAAAUACAGCAGCAGCAGCAACAAAUGCAGCAGCAAAUGCAGCAGCAACAAAUGGUGCAGCAGCAGCAACAACAGCAACAGCAGAAGCAGCAACACCAAGGGGCUCAUCUUCUGCGACGUACAAACAGCAAAGGCGUUGGAAGGCUAACUGACCACGACAAAGAGCCCCAGCAGCAGCAGCAGAAGCAGCAGAAGCAGCAGCAGCAGCAGCAGCAGAAACAGCAGCUGCAGCAGCAAGAGACACUCUGGAAGCAGCAAUUGACUCCCGUUAACCAACGCUCCGCAUCGGCCUCAGCUGUGACGGAGCAGCAGCAGCAGCAGCAAAUGCAGCAGCAGCUAGAGGGGCUCUCUAUUUCGCCCGUUCAUUCUUACAGUUCCCCGGGCCCGCAGCAGCAGCAGCUGCAGCGACAGCGUCAGCAGCAGCCUCUCCCUGUCUUUCUGCCUCGCAUGCAGCAGCAGCAGCAGCAACAGCAGCAGCAGCAGCAGCGGAUAGGCCACAGGGGUCUGCCGACUCCCAGCACAGCGCAGAGCCUGAAGGAAUACCUCGUCCAAACCUACGUUACCCCUCAACAGCAGCAGCAGCAGCUACUCCAGCAGCAGCAACAGCUGCAGCAGCAGCAGCAACAGCUGCAGCAGUUUGCUCAUGUGUCUCCUGCCUCAGCAGCUGCUGCUAUGGGCGGCAAUUCCCCAGUCGCUCUGCAGCCUCUUGUUUGGUUCUCGACUCCAGUGCAGCAGCAGCAACAGCAGCAGCAGCAGCAGCAGCAGCACUUGCCCUACCAGCAGCUGCAGUCCUACAGGCAGUUGCAGCAGCACCAGCAGCAGCAGGUGCUUCUCCAGCAGCAGAAGCAGCGAAUCCUACAGCUGCAGCAAAUGCAGCAAAUGCAUAACCAAGGGGCAAUGACGGGUAGCCCCUCUAACCCUCUUCAGCUGCAGCAGCAGAAGCAGCAGCAGCAGCCAGCAGCAGCAGUUGCUUCAGGAGGUUUGCUGCUGCAGAAGACAGUACCCAACUACCUCUUGACUGGAGACGCCUCCUUGCUGAGUCACUAG